AAUUGUGAUUUCAUGAGCAAUAAGGUGGAAAUCGGACUGCGACGAUGAUAACUAUUAUUUAUUGUUUAUGUUCUAACAGUCAUUAUCGCAGAAAAUUCAAUAUGGUGUCCAAUGGUGUCUAUCGCUCACUGGUGUACGUCAGAGAGUUUCGUACUUUAAACGAAAAUUAUAUUAGCAACAAAUAGUUUAAUUUGUUAUAAUUAUGAAAAUUCGAUUGAAAAAUCGGUGCGACAUUUAGAUGCUCUAAUGCCACUUCUGUGUGUAUUACAUAAAGACUAACAUUUUCGAAAUCCUCUACUCCAAUUUAUUAUAUAUUAGAAGAACGAAAUUUGGAUAUUUCCAAAAUACAAAAAUUAACGGGAGACAAGUGAGAAACUAUGGAAGAAGUGAAAAUUGAUAGUGUUACAGAUGGAAACGAAUCGGAGGCCGAACAAAGUAGUAUAGACGAAAAGAACGAAAACUCGUUAACAGACAUCGCUGCUAAUACUUUGGAUAUUAAAUCUCGAUUUAAUCUGAAAACACCUGAAAUAUAUGGUGAAUCUCAGACAAAUGGAUUAUCUCGAGUAAAUGGUGUUUGUAGUUCCCCUGAAAGAAUUACUGCUACGGAUGAUCUUUCACAAUCAGAAGCUACAGAAGCUAGUCAUUUAAAUCAGCAUGGUACAUCAUUAUCAUUGGAGAAAUUAUCGUUAGAAACUAAGGAUAACAUCCAAUAUGUCAGUUACACAAGUGAGCUACAAAUGCCUGACAUUAUGAAAUUAAUCCAAAAGGACCUAAGCGAACCGUAUUCUAUUUAUACCUACAGAUAUUUUAUCUAUAACUGGCCAAAAUUGUGUUUCUUGGCGAUGCAUGGUGAGGAAUGCGUCGGUGCCAUUGUCUGCAAACUGGAUACCCACAGGAAGGUGAUUAAACGUGGCUACAUCGCAAUGUUGGCGGUUGAUGUGAAAUAUCGAAAGCGAAAAAUCGGAUCAAACUUGGUAAGAAGAGCGAUUCAAGCUAUGGUAGAAGAUAACGCGGAUGAAAUUGUUUUGGAAACAGAGAUUACCAAUCAACCAGCGUUACGUUUGUAUGAAAAUCUUGGCUUUGUGCGUGAUAAACGAUUAUUUCGUUAUUAUUUAAAUGGUGUAGAUGCACUUCGAUUAAAAUUAUGGCUCAGAUGAAAUUGAUCUCUGUGUUUACAUCUCACGAUAAAUUCUGGAUCCAAUUAAGAUCUAAUUAACUGUAUCAUGUUGAAGAGAUAUAAUAUCAAUGUGCGGGAGCAUUCUGAAAUGAAUGUACGCCGUUAAUAUCAAAGAGGUUACCGUUUGUUGUACGCGCACAAGCGAUUUUUUACUCAGAGGAAGAAAAUAUUAUGUUGUAUUAAUUUUCUUAUUGUAAUACAUUUCAUUGAGUCGUAAGGUCAUAUAAUACCACUUAUACGUGAACACGACAGAACUCGUAAAUUUAUUUGCCGUCAAUGAUAUUAAUUGUUGCAAUGGAUUGUUGAUUCUCUUUGAUAUUAAUGUCUGUUGGGAUAGAAUACGACUACAGUUUAAGAACGUGAAAGUAAGGAAGAAGUGGUAAAGUAAGAAAUGGAGGGUCAAAGGUUUUGAACAUAAUCUGUACUUCUUCGAGCUUCUUACAUACUAUUUAAGUACAGGAUCUAACAUAAUAACUGUAAAGAACAGUGAAUUGUGUUUGGAACGAUGACAUUUUAACAGUCGGUUCGUUCGUGGACGACUUUAAUGAACAUUUUAAAACGUUAAUUCCAAUUUGUUACAGUUUAUCAUGAUGAAAUUUUAAUCCAAGUCGUAUUCUUUAUUUAUUCGAAUUUGUUUUUGUUUGAUAUUGCCCUCUUAAUUGGUAAACAUUGAUUCAGUACAAGAAUAUUUAUUUCAUUUAAUUAUUAAAAUAAUCAUAAUCGAACACUUUUAAAUAUAAGAAUGAAUAUGUAUAUGUGUGUACAGCAUACAUACACGAUGUAUUUAAAUCUGCGCAUGACGUAAACGUACACUACACAUACUUAUACACGUAGGUAAUGAGUAUUGUAUGUACGUAAACGAGUAAAAGGCAGGAAACGAAAAGAAAAAUUAAAAUUUGCCAAACGAAAGUACGUCUGAUACACUUAACAUAAAGCAUUCAUUGCUGUCUACUUUACGUGUUAUACCUUUGUAUAAAAUACAUGCGAGGCACAGAUCAUAAUAUAACUAUUGAAAAAAUUGUAAAAAUGUUAAUAAAAGUACCUAAAUGUU